GUGGCAGGAGGAGGGCUUUCACUGCAAGCAAAAAAAAUCUUCAAAGGGAUUGUCGUUCCAAGUAAAACAUAAUAAAAAACACAAAACAAAAAUAGCCCCAGUGCGGUGAGUUCAUAAUCUAUUUAAAGGACAAACAAGCCUCACGAGAGCUGCAAAUAUGGAUUCAGGUGAAGACCAAAACGCAAACAGCACAAACGGAAACCCUCAGACGAGUGGGAACUCCCGUACAACCCAGAUAGCCCGCAUGUCUUUGUAUGAAAGACAAGCUGUGCAGGCUCUACAAGCUCUGCAGAGACAGCCCAAUGCAGCCCAGUACUUUCAACAGCUGAUGCUACAGCAGCAGAUCAAUACGGCCCAACUGCAAAACUUUGCUGUGCAACAGGCCACGCUUGCAGCUAGCCGCCAGUCCAAUACUACUAGUAACAGCGUGUCACAGGCUACCACCACCGUCAAUUUAAGCACUACGUCUGCAGGUGGUACUAUGAGCAAUCCUCGUCCACACGGUCCUGCAACGACAACAGCCCUCAACCAGUCGGUGCUCUUGGGUGGAAACUCUGCAGGACAGGGACAGAUGUAUCUUAGAGUGAAUCGGUCUCUAAGAGCUCCGCUUGCCCCUCAGCUCAUCUUUAUGCCUGGCGGGACGACAGCCGCUGUAGCAACGGUCGCUCAGACGCAAGCACAACCCCAACAGCAGCAACAGCAUGAUGCUGCUUCUACCACUACAAGUGCCCAGUCUGACAGUGAUCAGGUGCAGAAUCUGGCUCUGCACUGUGUAUCCAACACCAAAACAGCUGCAGGAAAGGCUGAAAAUGUAGAGAGGAAAGAUGCUGGCAGUUUUCCUCUCACCCAGCAGCAGCAACAGAAUUUCCCUCAGACAGCUCAGCAGCAGCAAGUGAAGCCGCAGCAACAGAUUGCCAAAGCCAGCUUUAAUCAACCAUCUGCCUCCAGCGCCCUGACUGUGAAGACUGCCAACCAGGCCGUCACUGUCACUCCUGCAGCCUCUGUAGCUCCAUCCUCAUCUUCCUCGUCCACAGCCCUCCCUCUCUCUCAGCUCCUCUUGUCCCCCUCUGCUCCCCCUGUCAUCCUGGUUCCCAGUUCAAACGUUACUACCUCAACCCAGGGCUACCCGAUUGGUUCUGUGGCACCAAAGGCUAACAUGAACCCACAGACUCUCGUGGUGCAGCCCCUCCAACAGACAAACGCUAACGUGGAAAAGGGUCCAGUCCCAAUACAGCCCAAGACAGCUCAGGGACACCGCCUACCCCUUCAGCUGUCCCCUCGGCUGCCGCCUCCCAUUCUCCCAGCCCCACCAAGCAACAGUCAGGCCAACGCCGGUGGUCCUAACCCUCCACACAUCCCAGUCCAGCUGGUGGGAGCCAGGCAGGGCUUGGCAGGAAAUUCACAAGCUGUGGCCUUGGCUCAGGUGCGGAGCACAACAGCUCAGGAGAGUCCUUCUGGUGUGGCUGCUAGCUCAUCCCCCAGCAGCGCUGCCAUGACAAAGCCAUCCCCAGGCUCUCUGAAGAGAAAAUCUGAGAGUGAUGCUCCAAAUGAGAUAUCAGAAACAUCAGAUUCUGCCCCAUUGAAAGACUCUGCUCCUCCUUUAUCUCCUGCCCCCUCAAAGGACUCAGCUCCUUCUGUAGAUGCCUCGUUCUCCUCUCCCCCCACCCUGUCCUUACCUCUGCCCUUGUCCAGAGUCGGCCAUGGAGACAAGCUUCCUCAAGCCGUGGUCAAACCUCAAGUUCUCACUCAUCUCAUUGAGGGCUUUGUUAUUCAAGAGGGAGCCGAGCCAUUCCCUGUUGCUGGACUCCUCAAAGACAGAGAUUUUGCUCUGGUUGGCCGCACAGAGCAUGGCCCUCCAUUGUUGAAAUGUGAGUACUGUGGAUGCUUUGCACCAGCCAGCCAGUUCAGAGGAUCAAAGAGGUUCUGUUCAAACACUUGCGCUAAAAGGUACAAUGUAAGCUGCAGCCAGCACUACAAGUCCAGCAGAGGGAGAAAUGGUGGGGCGGCGUCACUACCUUCUAACACCACAGAGAGCUCUGCUAAACGCAGAGGUCCUUCUCGAAGAGGAAGCUCCAAUAGCACCUACAGUAAAGUAUCGAGCAAGCAUCUUUCUGUCAAGUGUCAUUCAGAGUCCAGUCGCUCAGACGAUAUGUCCAGCGAGGGGGAGGAAGACAGGGAUGAGUCCUCCUCGCUGUCGAGAAGCUCCUCGCGCUCCUGCCUCAGAGCUCAGCACAGCGCUCCCCCCUCAGACAGUUCCCCACCUGGAAGCCUUCCUAUCGAAGGUGCUAACUUCCUCUCUGCCACUCCGGCUCAGUGGAGCGUGGAAGAAGUCUGCAAGUUCAUCUCCUCUCUUCAAGGCUGCGAGGAUCUGGCUGCCCAGUUUCUGUCCCAGGAAAUAGACGGGCAGGCACUCAUGCUGCUGCGGGAGGAUCAUCUAAUCUCUACUAUGAACAUUAAGCUGGGUCCGGCUCUAAAGAUAUGUGCCUCUAUCAACAGUUUGCGCGAGUGAUGAAUGUGCUCUACUAUCUCAUGUCUCAUAGGAAUUAACACUUGGACUUGAGCUUCUUGGAGAUUGUCUGGGUGUAUUUUUGUUUUUGUUUUUACACAAACAAAUGUCCCCUAUUAAUAUGAAAGUGCUUUUUGAUCACAUGACCCUUUAAAUCCAGCUUCUGCUAUUUGCUGUUCCAGCUUCAGGGUAGGAGGGUUCUUAACAACCAUUGAGUAACAUAAAGGGAUGUGACUGAUUUUGUGAAAAAGUAGCAAUGAUUGGCUGAGCCAAUGACAUUUUGAUCUCAGUACUUCCUAAAACCCUUGCAGAACUUUUCCCACGUUUUCCAUAUUUUAUCACAUCGCAGCUUCCUUUUCCUCCAGACAUCUUGCUCUGUCUCUCAGCUAAAAUCUUAAUAGAAAAAAAUUGGACAAGAUGUGAGAAAAUGUGAUGACUUUUCUCCAAGGCUCUAAAUGUUACAUGGAUGUAGACAGUAUUCUUUCUGGACUCUGAAUGUGCAGAUGUAUACAUACUGGUAUGUGUAUCACAAACCCAAAUAUUCCUG